AUGUCCCUCUUGAAGGACGGAUACCAGCUAAGUGCUCAUGUCAAAAAUAAAAUCAACUCGAUGAAUUUUUUCAGAGAAACGUGGGGGAAGAAAAUUCGCCUGUACAAGGAAGCCAACAAAAUAGACCUACUGAAGAAAAACGAAUUUGACAAGAUAAUUAUCUCGGAGGCCUUCAACGUCCAGGACGAAAAUAUUUUGCACCUCGUUCUGAACCCCCCCAUGACGAGUGUGCUGGACGAGCAGGAUGGGCGCGCGGUGAGUGGCAUGAGUGGCGGCGUAGCCAACCGUGGGGACAGGACACCCAAUAUCCGCAACGACACAGCGUUCACGACAAACCUAGAGGACGAAAAAAUAAUUCAGGAGUGCACCCACCAGUUGCUCAUCAACGAAAAGGCAAAAGUUAAAAACGGGGAAAGCGAAGAAGAGGCCAUUAUAUGGAUAACAGAAAUUGGGCUAAAUUAUUUUGGGAAUUUAUUUGAGUAUGGCAAAACAUCAGGAGAAGGGGUCUAUUCGCAUAAUGACAUCACCGAGAUUAACAUUUGGGAGUGCUUCCUCAUGAUAAGCAAAUGGAUCUAUGACUUGUGGCUCCAGAAUAUCACCCUCUUUAGCAACAAAGUGGUGUUAGAACUCGGUGCAGGGAGUGGACUAGCCAGAAUUUCGCUUUUCACGCAUGCGUACAUUUUUCUCAACGGAACUAAUCAAGCACCGAACCAAGUAGUCAUAACCGAUGUCAACCCAUUCACUCUAAGUAACAUUUCGCAUAAUGUCCUAUUAAACGAAGAAAUCUUUGGCCACCUAGAUUCCGCAUGGAGGA